AUGCUGAGCCUGUGCGGCUGCUCGCGCUCUCGGUCCUAUUCGCCCGUGCCCGCCGACCACGACCACCCGCAACCGCGAGGUGCUGCCGCCGCCUGGGAGCUCCUCGCCGUCUCGUCGUCUUCUGGCCGCCCAGUCCACCUCGCCCUGACCCCACAAGGCCUUGCCGUCGUCAAGCAGCGCACAAAGGGCCCGCCCCACUUGCUGCACGCCUCGUCCACCGCGCACCGCAUCAUUCCCUACCGCAACCUCGUCGCCGCCACCGCCACCGCAACCGACUCGUCCCCUUCCUCCCCCUCGUCGUCGACCCGCAUCUCGCUCUCGGCCCUCGUCCCCUCGGACAAGCGCAAGCCCGACUCGGCCCUCGCCCUCUGGCACCUCGACGCCGCCGUACACGACGUCGGCCGCUCCACCGACCAAGACGCAGGCGCCACGAGCGACGCACAGCACCCGGCCGCCGCAGCUUGGUGCGCAGAAGCCGAGCGGCGAGCGUACGCCGGCGUCGAGCGCCGCCGCAGGCUCCACUGCGUCGUCAACCCGCACGGCGGCAAGGGUACGGCCAAGCGCAUCUGGCUCGACUCGGUCAAGCCCGUCUUUGACGCCGCAGGCUGCCCCUACCACGUCUCGUACACCGGCGCACCUGGAACGCCGACCAACGCGCGCGCGCUCGGCCUCGCGCACGACUCGUCGCAGUACGACGCCCUCGUCUCGCUCUCCGGCGACGGCAUCGUGCACGAGCUCCUCAACGGCCUCGCGGCCCAGCCCCACUCGGGCGCACGUGUCCUCCGCGAGACGCCCAUCGUCCACGUCCCGUGCGGCAGCGGCAACGCGCUCGCGACGAGCGUGUACGGGCCCGAGCGCGCCACCGACACGCGCUACGCCGCCCUGUGCGCCCUCAAGGGCUCGCCCCUCGCGCUCGACCUGUCGUCCUUCUCGCAGGCGUCGUCGGCGUCGGCGUCGUCGUCCCAGAGCGAGGGCGGGCCCGGGCAGGAGCGCACCUACACGUUCUUGAGCCAGGCGUUCGGGCUCAUGGCCGACCUCGACCUCGGGACGGAGCACCUGCGGCGGUGGCUCGGUGACGCGCGCUUCACGUGGGGGUACGUGCAGGGAGCGAUCAGGCGCAGGAGGUACCCGUGCACGAUCGAGGUCAAGGGCGCGAGGUGGGACAAGGGCGAGUUGGCGCGGCGGCACAACCAGGGGUUGCUGCGGCCGGCGCGAGCGGCGGGCGACGAGGGCGGCGCCGCGUCAAAGACGCACGGCGACGACGACGACAUGCCGGCGCCGACGCUGGUCGGGCGGCGCGAGGACGGUCGGGCUCACCGGCGGGUCGACCACCUCCCGGUCGACGGCGACUUUGGGCCGAGCGAUGGCGGCGUCGACGGCGACGACGAGCAGUGGCUCACGCUCGACUUGACGACCGAGGGCGUCUUCUUCGCCUACGCCGGCAAGGUCCCGUUCGUGUCCAAGGACGUCAUGAUGUUCCCAGCCGCAGAUCCCAACGACGGCCUGCUCGACCUCGUCCUCGUCGCGCCCAUGUCGCCUCUCAAGGCGCUCACCGCCAUGGACAACGCCUCGACCGGCGGCCUCCUCUCCCUCCCGUCCGUCACCUACUUCAAGUGCUCGGCCUACCGCCUCUCGUUCCCGCCUCCUGCACCCGGCGCCAAGGACGGCUUCAUCUCGGUCGACGGCGAGCGCGUGCCGUACCGCGCGUUCGACGUCGAGUGCCACAAGGGGCUCGCGCGCGUCAUGGGCUUUGACGGAACGUGGGGAGGGAGGAGCAGGAUCGACGGGUUCGACUCGGGCGACGACGUCAAGGCGAGGUAGCUGCGUGCCGCUCGCGCUCUCGAGGAAGGGCUGCAACUAUCGUCGCUGGCUCUGCUCUU